CAAUGUAAAAUAAGACCGUCUUUGAUAAAUUAGGAGGAUAAGCCAACAUUGAUGCUGCAGUUGUCAAGUUUUAUCAAAAAGUUCUUUCAGAUCCAUCUGUUAGUCACUAUUUCAAAAACACAGACAUGAAGAAAUAGACAGAAAUGUAAUAAAAGUUCCUUACUAUGGCCUUCGGAGGUCCAAAUCAUUAUACAGGAAGAGUAUUCAUUUCAUAUUUAUAUAAUCUAGGAUAUGAAAGCAGGUCAUGCUGGACUUGGAAUUACCACUGCAGCCUUUAAUACCAUUGUUAAACAUCUUGGAGACACUUUGAAAGAGAUGGGUGUUCCAGCUGAGGUAAUUGCUGAAGCUGCAGCUGUUGCAGAAACUACUAGAGCUGACAUUGUUGAAGUCAAAUGAU